UUUUUAAGCUUUCUUGUAUAAGUUUUAUUAACUUUUUAAAGUCAGUUAAAUUUCUCUUAUCAAAUUUACAUACACGCACUAGAAGGCAACUUACAUUGAUUAUUUCAAUAUCUUCGUUUUUGCAAAUGCUAUACAUGGGACUUUUUCAAUUGAUGUAAAUUUUCUGAAGCCAAACCAAGUUGCAAGCCUGAUGUUAUGACUGACAAUAUGUUAUGUACAUGAUUUCCAUCCAUCUCUACUCUCGCUUAACAACUUGUCUAUUUUCAGUGAAUAUUUAGAUUUAGUAAAAUCCUACAACUUGCUUUUAACAAUGUCUGAAUCCACGGCAACUGAGGCGGCUGAUAAAAAUGUUGAGAUCUGGAAAGUGAAGAAGCUGAUCAAAUCUCUAGAAGCUGCAAGGGGGAAUGGAACAUCAAUGAUUUCUCUUAUCAUCCCUCCAGGUGAUCAGAUAUCCCGUGUUGCAAAAAUGUUGGCUGAUGAAUACGGAACUGCUUCUAAUAUUAAAUCCCGAGUGAAUCGUCUAUCUGUGCUUGGCGCCAUUACAUCUGUACAACACAGACUGAAACUUUACGCCAAGGUUCCUCCAAAUGGUCUGGUUAUUUACUGUGGAACAAUUGUGACUGAGGAAGGGAAAGAGAAAAAGGUUAAUAUUGAUUUUGAGCCUUUUAAACCCAUCAAUACUUCUCUCUACCUUUGCGAUAACAAAUUCCAUACAGAAGCUCUUACAGCAUUGUUAGCUGAUGACAAUAGGUUCGGGUUUAUUAUCAUGGAUGGAAACGGUGCUCUGUUCGGAACUCUUCAAGGGAACACGAGGGAGGUUUUGCACAAAUUCACUGUAGACCUGCCUAAGAAGCACGGUAGAGGAGGACAGUCGGCGCUUCGUUUCGCCCGUCUGCGUAUGGAAAAGCGUCAUAACUACGUGCGUAAAGUCGCUGAGACAGCUGUGACGCUGUUUAUCUCUAAUGAUAAGCCUAACUGCUCUGGAUUGAUUUUGGCAGGAUCAGCUGAUUUCAAGACCGAGCUCUCUCAGUCAGACAUGUUUGAUCAGAGACUACAGGCCAAGAUCAUCAAACUAGUUGAUGUAUCCUACGGUGGUGAGAAUGGGUUUAACCAGGCUAUUGAACUCUCUGCCGAGUCCCUCUCCAACGUCAAGUUUAUUCAGGAGAAGAAGUUGAUCGGCAGAUACUUUGAUGAGAUCAGUCAGGAUACUGGAAAAUAUUGUUUUGGAGUUGAGGAUACUUUGAAGGCUUUAGAGAUGGGUGCUGUAGAAACAUUGAUCUGUUGGGAGAACUUAGAUAUACAGAGAGUGACACUGAAAAACCAUUCUACGGGAGAGGAGAAGAUAUUGUUUUUAAACUCGGAACAGGAGAAGGAUAAAACUCAUUUCAUGGAUCAGGAGACUGGAGUUGAAAUGGAAUUAGAAGACAACCUGCCUCUCCUGGAAUGGUUGGCUAAUAAUUAUAAAACCUUUGGAGCUCAACUAGAAAUCAUUACGGACAGAUCGCAGGAGGGAUCCCAGUACGUGAGAGGAUUCGGAGGAAUCGGAGGAAUGCUUCGGUACACAGUCGAUUUCCAGUCGUUACAGCUGAAUGAUCUGGACGGAGAAGAGUUUGAUCUGGACGAUUAUUAAAGAGGAGAAUUCGGCCAAGAAAGACGAAAUGGACGGACGGAUGUCACUCCGGAGUUUUAAUUCGGACGAAAUGUUGUUAAAGACUCAACUUCCAGAUUCUUGUUUGUUUAUUUGAGCAAUCCAAAUAUAGAAAAUUUGACAAAAAUAGGUUCAAUCUUAAGGGGUGGGUAGUUUAGUCGAGUCGCAUUUAUUUGAUAGUACACUCCAAGCCAGGUUUAGGAAUUGUAAUUAUUUAAAUAUAAAUCUUAUAUUAUAUAUAUUAUGUGAAAUAUACAUUAACUGUAUGCAAUGAGA